CCCGCCCACCUCGCCGUUACGGGCGGAGACACGGCCGCCCGCGUGACUCAGGGCUCCCGCCCUCCGACCGACUGAGAAGGAAGAGAGGGGAGGGGGCGCGAGGGACGGAAAGCGCUGGGGGAGGGGGAGGGGGGCGGUGUAAGGGUGAGUGAUUUCCUUCCGGCACGUCGCCCGCUCCGGGGGAGGGGGUGGGGGGUUUCACUUCCGGGACGGUGUUCCGGCCCAUUCCGGCCCAUUUCCACCCCCGGAGCUCUCACCCUUCCAGUGCCGACGGUAAAGACCUUACUCCAGGGGCUUCCUCCUCACUGGGGAAUUGCUGGAAAGAGCAAACAAAAAAGGCGCUGGUGUAGGCUCCAAAAUAAACACAUCUGAAUUCCUGAUGGCAUCGACAGAGGCUCUUAUUGGAUUAAAAGUUUCAAAACAAACAAAAACGCUUUGGAAAAAGCAGGGUUGAAUGCCUGCCUACACCCUCAGGCACGACCAUGGAGAAAGGUGGGAAUAUACAACUGGAGAUCCCUGACUUCAGCAACUCUGUCCUGAGCCAUCUAAACCAGCUGCGCAUGCAGGGACGCCUCUGUGAUAUUGUGGUCAACGUGCAAGGACAAGCUUUUCGGGCUCACAAAGUGGUCCUGGCUGCCAGCUCACCCUAUUUCCGGGAUCACAUGUCCUUGAAUGAGAUGAGUACUGUCUCCAUUUCAGUCAUCAAAAACCCCACUGUUUUUGAACAGCUCCUCUCUUUCUGUUACACGGGGCGGAUAUGCCUGCAACUGGCAGAUAUCAUCAGCUACCUGACGGCUGCCAGUUUUCUGCAGAUGCAGCAUAUUAUCGACAAAUGUACACAGAUCCUGGAGAGCAUUCAUUUCAAAAUUAACGUGGCAGAAGUUGAAGCAGAGUUAAGUCAAACGAGGACAAAGCAUCCAGAAAGACCUCCAGAAUCGCACAGGGUCACACCAAAUCUAAACCGUUCCCUUAGCCCUCGGCAUAACACCGCAAAGGGAAACCGGCGAGGUCAGGUGAGCGCUGUGUUGGAUAUCAGGGAGCUCAGUCCUCCCGAGGAGUCCACCAGCCCCCAGAUAAUUGAACAGAGCUCUGAUGUCGAGAGCCGGGAGCCCAUUCUUCGAAUCAACCGAGCAGGACAGUGGUACGUGGAGACAGGAGUAGCAGACCGAGGGGCCCGCAGUGAUGAUGAAGUCAGGGUCCUUGGAGCUGUACACAUCAAAACCGAGAAUCUGGAGGAGUGGCUCGGGCCUGAGAAUCAGCCUUCCGGAGAAGAUGGGAGUAGUGCAGAGGAAGUCACAGCCAUGGUGAUUGACACCACAGGCCACGGUUCUGUGGGACAGGAAAAUUACCCUUUAGGAUCUUCGGGAGCCAAGGUGGCUCGGCCAACAAGCAGUGAAAUUGACAGAUUUAGCCCCUCCGGCAGUGUUGUUCCCUUGGCCGAGAGACACAGAGCCAGAAGUGAGUCUCCUGGGAGAACGGACGAGCCUAAGCCCCCCAGCUCCCAGGUAGAAGAGUCCGCAAUGAUGGGAGUAAGUGGCUAUGUGGAGUAUCUCCGGGAGCAAGAAGUAUCUGAGCGGUGGUUCCGGUACAACCCCCGUCUCACCUGCAUCUACUGUGCCAAAUCUUUCAACCAGAAGGGGAGCUUGGACCGCCACAUGCGCCUGCACAUGGGUAUCACGCCAUUUGUCUGCCGCAUGUGUGGCAAAAAGUAUACCCGGAAAGAUCAGCUGGAGUAUCACAUCCGCAAGCACACAGGUAACAAACCCUUCCACUGUCACGUUUGUGGCAAAAGCUUCCCCUUCCAGGCCAUCUUGAAUCAGCACUUUCGCAAAAACCACCCUGGCUGUAUACCCCUGGAGGGGCCUCAUAGUAUCUCCCCUGAAACAACUGUCACAUCUCGAGGUCAAGCCGAGGAAGAGUCACCUUCUCAAGAAGAGACAGUUGCUCCUGGGGAAACUGCCCAGGGCUCUGUGUCCACCACUGGGCCAGAUUGAAACUUUGAGGGGGAGGGGGCAGACCCUCUUCCCCUUUGGGCCGUCAGCAGCCAGCAGCAGGGCCCUGGGCUGGUACUUAGAUUUACAAAAUGCCACAUCACUAGAUCGGAAGAUGCGCCCAAGAUGUUGCCAAACUAGAGGAUGAGCAACAGACACAGAAGCACUAGAGGCUCUUCCCCUCCUCCUUCCCACCUCAUCCUUUGGAAAAUAAUCAAGCAAAUCAACUUUCUAAUUCAGGGAUCAACAGCCUUGGUUUGUUAACUUUAUAAGAAAAAAGUUUUUUAACAAAACAAUGAUACAUGGUCAUUUAUCUACCAGUCAUGUUUGAACACUGUACUUUGGUCCAUAUCAUCCUGGUGGCUAUAAUUGCCCAGAUCUGAAAAAACAGCAGGAGCCUUGGUCAUCUGAACCAGCCAGCCACAGGAGAGAAGGAAGUAGUCGUGACGGCAAUAGGGAGGAGGCGUUUCUCCUCUUCCUUCCCUGCCAGAACAUGCAGUUUCACAUUUGAAGAAAAAAAAAAGGUAUCCUGGUGGUUCUUAACUGUUUUGAAAGGUUAGACCUUACCUUCGCUCUGAUUAGGCAUCUGACACUUUGCCUGAUUGUUUCCUGUAAGCCGCCAUCUUGGAGCGUGUUGUCGUGUGGGCAGCAUCACCUGAAGCACUUUAGGCAACUGGAAGUGAAAUGAGCAGCAGAGUGUUCGCAGUAGGUUCUGCUACAUUUGGGGGCUUGAGUGUCCUAUUGAGAAAGAGGGGAGCAGGGAAGGAAGUGGGGUUUUUUUGCGAAUGUCAAAUGGCACAGAGCACUGCCACUUCCUGGUCGGGAUUUGUACCCCGUAGUGCUUAAAUAUCUUUGGGUGUUAAGAAAUGGCUCUAGUCCAGAUGAAUUAAUGUGUUAGGCUGAGUACCAAAGUUUCAUCCAGUCUCUGUGGCUCCUCCUUUCACAUAACAGCAAUAUUAUACAUCAAAAAGUGUCACUUUCCAGUGAAAUGAGCCUGGACUGUAUUUUUAAAUCUACAGGUCUCCAUAUUUGAUAACUUUUAUAUGAAGUUUUAAACACAUUUUUUCUGCAAUAGUGUGGUUGAAGAAAUUCAACACUAUGGUUCUUACUGCAACCACAAUUCCAUUUCCUUCUACACAUGUAAAAGUUUAUAUUUUCAAGCCAAUAGAAGAACCUCACUAAAUCCAUGUCUCGCGUCUGCAAACCUAGUAAUUCAUAAACCCACCAUCAGCAAAUUGCUGGUGACUCCAAGAGCUUUGCUUUUUAAUAAUACACUACAGGGCAUUCACCAGAAAACAUCAUGCACAAUCACGUUGCAAUAAAUUGAUCAAAGGAUCAGUUUUGAUCAGGUUUGGUUACUUAAUCAUUCCUAAGAUUUUUAAAACUUCAAGGGACCUUUUUGGUAAUUCUGGGGAUUUCUGAGAUUCCUAAUCCAGCACUGAGAGUCAGAAAAAAUUUACCAAACAUGUAGAGUUUUAGAUGCCCUGUCUCGCAUUCAGAGAAUGGAGGAGGAUUAGUAAGGGGUGCAGGCAAGGACAUGCUUACAGUGCAAAUAGAAAAGAGAAAAACCCAUAGCGUAUCCUAAUGGAUCUUUAGUGUUUUAAGAGUAUUUAAAUAUGCAGUGGUUUGAGUUAUUUUGGUGCGGAGGCAUAGAUGAUUGUAAAAGAGAUCCGGGGCAGGGCUGGUCAUGCCUGCGCUGGUGAGCCAUCUGUGAGAACGUUAGUAGCGUGCUCCCUUUCUGAGAAUGCUUUGUAGUAUGUGGAAAGGUGGGUGGAAAAGAAUGGCAUUUCUUUGAUGACAGGAAGUUAGAGUGCAAAGCGUAGCUCAUGAGCAAUCUGCGAAUUGUACGUACACACAGAGCUGCACCGUGUCCCUAGAGAGUGGUUAUUUUCCCUUCUGGAAGAACGUGGAAAUGCGUCUUGUAAUAGGAAUGGGAUGAUGCUACCAUGUGAUAAGAGCCUACCUUACACAAUCCGGGGAAGCCGUCUUUUGUCUUUCGGA